GAGCCUAUUAAUAACAAUCAUUUGGCAACUAAAAGCGAGGACAGGGAGAGAAAGAGAGACAGAGCUGGGUGAAGGAGCCUCUCUGCAGUAGUGUGGGGAGUGUGGAUUUUCCUUCUGCUGUUGUAAGUUAUCUUUAACGGUAAUGUAACCAAUUGCCUUUGUCCCCGCCUGGGAGGUACCAGAGGGGCAAUGUGUGAUUGUCGUCCUUCUGCUGCCCGGACUACACAGAAACUGAAGACAAGUUGAUAAUAGACAAGACAGCUAGUUUGGUGUCAUACUUCUGUUGUGGAACGCUGUAAAAUCAGUAUUUGGAACACAUUCCCUCUCACAGUAGAUGGACACCUAGGUAUAAAGGGCAGCGCAUUGCAGGAAUAAAAAGUCGCCAAAAUUCUGUGCUGCAAAGGGACUGCGGCCAUGUCGGUGCCGAGGGAAGGUGGAACGGGCGAGAGCUUCUGGGAGGUGGGACAGUACAGCAGAACGGUGAAACGAAUCGAUGAUGGGAACCGUCUCUGCAAUGAACUGCUCAGCUGCUUCCAAGAAAGGGCAAGGAUCGAGAAGCAGUACGCCCAGCAGCUGUCUAGCUGGUCCAAGAAAUGGAAAACCAUAGUGGAGAAAGGUGCUCAGUAUGGCACACUGGAGAAAGCCUGGCACGCCUUCAUGCUGGCUGCGGACAAGCUGAGUGAGCUCCACCUGGAAAUGCAGAGCCACCUGGCAGGUGCAGACAGCGCCAAGGUCAAGCAGUGGCAGAAGGAGGCUUACCACAGGCAGCUGGUCGGGGCAUUUAAGGAGACCAAAGAGGCAGAAGAUGAUUUCUGCAAAGCUCAGAAGCCCUGGGUGAAGAAGCUCAAGGAGGUGGAGGCAGCCAAGCGGAAUUACCACAGCGCCCGUAAGGAGGAGCGAGCGGCGCAGAUCCGUGAGAGUAACGGCAGGGCUGACCAAUCCCUGGCCCCAGAUCAGCUCCGCAAGCUGCAGGAGCGCGUCCAGAGGAGCUCGCAGGAGCUGGAGAAGGGUCAGGAACGCUACGAGAAAGCACUGGAGGAACUGAACAAAUACAACCCUAAGUACAUGGAGGACAUGGAGCAGGUUUUUGACACUUGCCAGGACAACGAGAGGAAGCGCCUCCAGUUCUUCAAGGAGGUCCUACUUGACUUCCACACACAUCUGGACCUUUCCAGGAUUGACAGUUUUCGGACGAUCUAUCGGGACCUGCAUCAGGCCAUACUCUCAGCCAACGACCAGGAGGACCUGCGAUGGUGGCAGAACACCCAUGGUCCCGGCAUGGCCAUGAGCUGGCCCCAGUUUGAGGAGUGGUUCCCGGAGGCCAACCGAGCUAUUCAUCGUAAGGAGAAGUGUAGUCAAGUCACAGAGGAAGUAACUCUCACCAACAUCUUGCCAUCCAGUGACUCUGUGUCGCACCCCUCUCCACAGGGCAGCAGAAUGAAAGAUUACUCAUCUGACUGGUCGGAUGACGAGAGCCCCAGGAAGUCUGUGCCGGUCUCUGGACGUGAGGAGGCAGCGAAGGUAGCGGCUGUCAGAGUGCGAGCGCUGUAUGAUUACCUGGGGCAGGAGGCUGAUGAGCUGAGCUUUUCUGCAGGUGAAGAAUUCCUGAAGAUUGGUGAAGAGGAUGAGCAAGGCUGGUGCAAAGGUCAGCUCAACAGUGGACAAGCGGGACUCUACCCAGCCAACUACGCAGUGCUGGUGUAUUCCUGAUCAAUGCCUCCUGCAGACUCCCCCCACUUCUUCUCAGUUUUGUUUUUGCCUCCUCCCUCUGCUCAUUUUAUCUUUAGAGUGAAGAAUCACUACAGUUAAGCACUUGACUUUAUUAAUCCGUGCCUGGUUGGAGCCUUCUGUUCCCUCCUGUGCUAUUUGCUGUUUAUCUAACCAGGUGCCUGAGUGAGCUGCACACAGCUUCUGGAACAAACAGAGUGGUAUUUAUAAUCAACAGGUUGUUCGGGUAGCAGACCUGAGACCUGUGGGAGCGUCUCUUUAUUGAUAAAAAGCAGGGAACGCUGGAGAUGCUAAAUGGGUCAGGCAGCAUCUGUGGAGAGAUGCUGAGUUACUGAGUUCUGAGGUGAUACUCUGAAGUUUCUCCCUCCGCGGAUGCUGGGUGAUUCAAGCCAGUUCCCAGUUGGGGGCUGUGGGCUGUCGAAUGAGCUCUGGGCCUGGGUACCCAUAUUUUAUCAUUUUCUCUGGGAAAUAAAGGGCAGUUUGAGCACAGUGGAUGUCGGAAGAGUGAGAACUUUUUCUGAAUGUAUUUCCUGACCACACUAGGAAGGUCUGUCUACUAAUUGAUCUUAAAUGUAUCUGCCAAGAGAAAAUAAACACAAGAUAUCACCCAGUGAUUUAGCGCCUCAUUCUGAGAUCUAAUCAUCGCUAUGCUGCUCGUGCACACGGGGAAGGCAGUCCACAGAGCUCAGCCUAUCAUCUGGGUGACAAGUAACUGGCCCAAUCACUGCUCUUGCUGGGGCAGCCAUUUAUAGAGUUAUUGCAGUAUCUCUCAUUUCCUUCUCAAUAUAAAAAGAUCACCGUCUCCUCAAGUGAAGGAAGUUCACUGAAGAAAUUUCUCCUCAUCUCAGUGUGAAGUGCCACUUCUGUUUAGAAUGUGCCUCCUCGUUCUGGGUUCCUCAGCCACGGGAAACAUUCUGCCUGUUGAACCACAUGGAGUGCUUUUGUAAGUUUCAAUGGGCUUCCUUGCUAAUGCAGGCCUAAUCUAUGUAACCUCUCUUCAUGUGGUAAUGCAGUACACUUAGAACUAUUUUUUGUUGUACUCCCUCUAUAUCUGCCUCCACUCUCCCUCCAUGAUCAUCUUUUACUAGUCCUUGGGUUUCUUGCAUUGUGAAUUGGGAAACCAAAGUGUAAUUAAUGCUCCAGAUGUUGUCAUAUCAAAGGCCCUGUGUAAUAUUGGAAAGACGUCCAUCGUCUGUGCACAAAUCCUACUGUAAUAGAAACACUUUCAUUAUUGGAGACACAAGAUACUGAGAUGGUGAAAAUCUUGAGCAAUACAAAGAUGCUGGAGGAACUUGGUGGGUUGGACAGGCACCUAGACUGGGUCUGGAUGAAAGGUCUUGACCUGAAAUGUUGACAGCUGAUUUUUCUUCAGUUUCUGCCUGACCCACUGCGUUCUUCCAGUGCCUUUGUAUGUUGCUCCAUACUUUCCCGAUUGUUUGCUGCCUCUGCACAUUAACCUUCAGUUGUUUAUGUACAAGGACAUCAACCUUUGAACAUAAACAUUAUCUGGUUUCUGACCAUUAAAAUUUGAACCAAAGCAAAUAACUUCAUAUAUUUCAACGUGACAUUAUACUUGCCAUGUUCCUGCCCACUGGCUCAGAUUCACACUCCCCUGAAGCCUUGUACACGAAUGGAAGAACUUGGUCUACUUCACCCUCACCGUGCUCCAGAUCUAGCUGCACCCCAGCCAAGUCGUCGCACUGCAAUCUUAGUGUAUUUUGUAGCAUUUAAAAGGAUGAGUGGUGAUUUCACUGAAACACACAAAAUUCUUUACAAAGCAUGCUGGGGUGCAGAGUGGGCGUUUUCCCAGGCUGAAGAGCCCGAGACCAGGGAGGAUGGAAAACUAUUUAAUGUAGUUAUCCCGUGGAGACUCAGUCACUGCGUUCAUCCAAAAUGGAUGGCUAGGCCGGGGGCGGAGCAGAGCGAUUCCUACGCUUUCUGACUCUGAAAAGAGACCAUAGAUAAUAAAGCAACAC